ACUGGUUUCUGGCAAAUAUGGCUUCAAUCUCCUGAUCCCAGUGACAACAAAGACCCCACAGACUGGUUUAUUCAUCACUGACUGGUUUAUUCACCUUUUUUCCAGUUUACCAGUUUAUAUAAUCGGUUAUUUACCGACUGUUAACGUUUCCGGCACCGUAUCUGUCUACAGCCGUCGUCAUGGAGACAGAGGAGCAGGCGAGGAAUCGUUUCCAGUCGGAGCUGGAGUUCAUCCAGUGUCUGGCCAACCCCAACUACCUCAACUUCCUGGCUCAGAGAGGCUUCCUGAGGGAGCGGCCCUUCAUCAACUACCUGAAGUACCUGCUGUACUGGAAGGAGCCCGAGUACGCCAAGUUCCUCAAGUACCCUCACUGCCUGCACAUGCUGGAGCUGCUGCAGUACGAGCACUUCAGGAAGGAGCUGGUGAACGCUCAGUGCACCAAGUUCAUCGACGAGCAGCAGCUGCUCCACUGGCAGCAUUACAGCAGGAAGCGCUCCAGACUGCAGCAGGCGCUCGCUGAGCAGCAGCAGCAUGUAGCCACGCAUGCUAACACAUCCGCUAAGUGAGGAGGAGGAGGAGGAGGAGGAUAAUAUUUUUCUUUCUUUUUUCACUUUUUGCUGUUGUCACCUGUCGACCUCCGUACUUUAGUAAAUGCAAAAAGACCAUGUUAAAAAAUACGCAUUUGACAACAACAGAAGAAGAAAAAAUUUGAUAAAUUAACACACAUUACACGAAGAGGAAGAGGAGGAAGAGGAGGAGGAGAUAGUGGGACAAUAUUAUUCUUUUUUUGGGCUUUUUGCCGAUUCAUGUACUUCUUUUUACAUUCACUGAAAAUAAAACAAAGCAAAUAAACACGUCUUGAAUCCAGAA